CGGAAGUGCUCGGUCCAGCUCUGAUAGAAGUCCGUGUGUCGCUCAUCAUGGCCGCGCAAGCAGGAAGGUCUGUAGUCUUCGUUACUGGAAACGCGAAAAAACUCGAAGAGGUCAUUCAGAUCCUGGGAGACACGUUUCCUUACAAACUAGUGUCAAGAAAGAUCGACUUGCCUGAGUACCAGGGGGAGCCCGAUGAGAUCUCCAUACAGAAGUGUAAGGAGGCUGUAAAAGAGAUCGAUGGGCCGGUCAUAGUGGAGGACACUUGUCUGUGUUUCACAGCGUUAGGAGGCCUGCCCGGUCCUUACAUAAAAUGGUUCCUGGAUAAACUCAAGCCAGAAGGCUUGUUUAAACUCCUGGCUGGGUUUGAGGAUAAAUCAGCGUGGGCCCUCUGCACGUUUGCUUUCUGUGCUGGUAAAGACGAACCAGUGCAGCUCUUCAGAGGGAAAACAGAGGGGCACAUUGUGGAACCCCGUGGCCCUCGAGACUUCGGAUGGGAUCCAUGUUUCCAGCCAAAGGGAUAUAGCAAAACCUACGCUGAACUGCCCAAAGAAGUGAAGAAUUCAAUCUCUCACCGCUACCGGGCACUGGCUGCCAUGUCUGAGCACUUCUCUCAAACCAAGGAUACCUCACCAAAGAACAAGAAGAAGAAGGAGCAGGAGGAUUAAACCGUCACUUUAGGCCAAGUUUCUAGUUUCUGCAUCAAACCUCAAAUCAUCAGAUUUGCCAAAGCAGAGGAUACUUCUUCACAUUAAGAAUCUGUCGAAUUUGUUUUACAGUAUUUUUAAUAAACCUUGCAUUCAUUUAUAAAAAGAAAA